AUGUGUGGUCUAUUUCAGCCGAUCGGACAGGUUCGGCUGACGAAUGUCGCCACCGUGCGUCUCAAGGUGGGAGGUUGCAGGUUUGAGAUAGCCUGCUACAAAAACAAAGUGCUCAAUUGGCGGUCAGGAGUUGAAACCGACAUCCAGGAGGUGCUGCAGAGUCCAUACAUCUUCACCAGCAUAUCCAAAGGGAAGCUGGCGAAGAACGACCAGCUAAUGAAGGCAUUCGGGACGAAGGAGAUCGAUGUGAUCUGCAAGCAGAUCCUCGACAAGGGUGAAAUUCAAGUCAGCAAGGAGGAGCGAAACCAGCAACUGCAGGCUACGUUCAAGGAUAUCGUUACCAUUCUCAGCGAGGUGGCCAUCAACCCCAAGACCGGUCACCCUCUCACGAGCACCCUCAUCGAAAAUACGCUAAAAUCAAGCGCGUUCAGCGUCAACCUGCGAGAGCCCGCGAAGAAGCAGGCGCUCAAGGCACUCGCCCACCUGCAGCAGCUGUACCCCAAUGAAAUUGCUCGGUCGCAAAUGCGACUCAAAAUCACCUGCACAGUUGGACAGAGGUAUGAAGUGCUCGAUUUUUUGAGGGGGAACAAUGCAUACAUCGAGAACGACGGGGCACCUGGUGGCAAACGCAAUAGCAACGCCCGAUCAAGAUCCAGUUCCGUGGACAGUGACCAUUCCGAGGCCACGACACCUGUGGAAUCUCAAAGUUCUGUUGCAGGUACUCAAAACAAGGCACAUUCAAGCAAGGAAGGUCGUUCUGCAGUUCGCGAUAAGGACGGAAGCAGUAGCGGGGAGACCCGAGUGCACGGCGCAGUAGUAAACAUCCGGUUCCUAUGCUGCACGAAAAUAUAUCGCGAAAUUGACAACUUUGUCUCGAACAUGCUUCAACCCCCAGGAUCGUUGCAGCUUGUCGCGCUAAACGUGAAGGAUGCUGGGAACAUAGGCCUGUCGCCCGUGCCAAAUGUUUCGACGCAGGCAGCUUCCGAAACCAACAAAAGCAGCCAUUCGGCCCAGGAUAACGCUGUGAAAACUACACAAGAAGGCGUAGCUGAUGCGUUGAAAAGUUUGAGCCUAGAUUCCAGGGAAGGCAAGUCAACAGCGUCAACGUGUGACAGCGCAGCAACCAAGAAGCCCGCGUUUAAGUGCACAAACUGCAAGAUGCAUUUCGACAACGCAAAAGACUACAGGGCACACUUCAAGUCAGAGUUGCAUGUAUUCAAUAACAAAUUGACGCUAAAGGGGCUAGCGCCAGUGUCGCCGCAGGAGUUCGAAGAACUUGAGCUCUGUAGCAGGCAUUCAUCGCUCACCUAG